CCCGAGCGAGCCGCGCAUCGGUCCAGCAGCCGGGCCGCGCCGCCGCCGAGCAGCCGCCCCGCGCGCCGCGCCUCGGGAACAAAGGCGCCCGCCGCUCGCCGCUGCCGCCAUGAAGCCCGGGCCACCGCGCCGGGCCGGGGCCGCCCACGGGGCAGGCGCAGGGACCGGGGCCGCGGCCGGGCCCGGGGCCCGCGGGCUGCUGCUGCCGCCUCUGCUGCUGCUGCUGCUGGCUGGGCGCGCCGCGGGGACUCAGCGCUGGCGCAGUGAGAACUUCGAGAGGCCCGUGGACCUCGAGGGCUCCGGGGACGAUGACUCCUUCCCCGACGAUGAGCUGGACGACCUGUACUCGGGGUCCGGCUCGGGCUACUUUGAGCAGGAGUCAGGCAUUGAGACGGCCAUGCGGUUCAGCCCAGAUGUGGCCCUGGCAGUGUCCACCACAGCUGCCGUGCUGCCUACCGUGGACGUCCAGCCCAUGGGCACCCCAUUCGAAGAGCUCCCCUCUGAGCAUCCCACCCCAGAACCAGCGACUAGCCUCCCAGGGGUGACAGAGGUCCCAGAAGAGCCCAGCCAGAGAGCCACCACCAUCUCCACUCCCAUGGCCACCACGGCUGCCACAACCACAGGAGCCCCAAGUGUGGCCUUGGUGCCAGCCACAGCGGCCACCGCCACUCCCAGCAUCCCCGCGGCACCCUCUUCCACGGCCACCACCUCUGUCAUAAGGACCACCGGUGUACGGAGGCUUCUUCCUCUUCCACUGACCACGGCAGCCAUGGCCCGGGCCACCACCCCAGAGGUGCCCUCCCCUCCCACCACGGUGGCUGUCUUGGACACAGAGGCCCCGACACCCAGGCUCGUCAGUACCGCUACCUCCAGGCCGAGGGCCCUCCCCAGGCCAGCCACCACCCAGGAGCCUGACAUCCCUGAGAAGAGCACCCUGCCCCUGGGGACCACUGCCCCUGGACCGACGGAGGUGGCUCAGACCCCGACUCCAGAGUCCUUCCUGACCACAAUCCGGGACGAGCCAGAGGUACCAGUGAGUGGGGGGCCCAGCGGGGACUUUGAGCUGCCGGAGGAAGAGACCACGCAGCCAGACACCGCCAAUGAGGUGGUGGCAGUGGGUGGGGCUGCGGCUAAGCCGUCGCCUCCACCCGGGACGCUGCCCAAGGGUGCUCGCCCAGGCCCUGGCCUCCUGGACAAUGCCAUCGAGUCGGGCAGUUCGGCGGCUCAGCUGCCACAGAAGAGCAUCCUGGAGCGGAAGGAGGUGCUUGUAGCCGUGAUAGUGGGCGGGGUGGUGGGCGCCCUCUUCGCCGCCUUCCUGGUCACCCUGCUCAUCUACCGCAUGAAGAAGAAGGACGAGGGCAGCUACACGCUGGAGGAGCCCAAGCAGGCGAGCGUCACGUACCAGAAGCCCGACAAGCAGGAGGAGUUCUACGCCUAGCGGAGCCUCGGUGCCUCCCAGAGCCUCAGCGUCGCCCCUCCACCCGGUCCCUGGCCCAUCCCACCAGCCCUGGCCUGGGGCGCAGGCCCGGGAGGGAGCCUGGCCCCAGCUCCCCUCUGCCCAGCCUCCCGAGGUCUGCCCAGACGGCCAGCCGCACACGGAUCUUCCCCGAGGCACAGCGGGCACUGCCGUCUGCCCCGGACUGUGCCCUUACGAGCUCAUCUCUUGUCCUCCGCCAGCCUGGGGCUUCCGGACCUCGUGUCAGAUGCGUGGGAGGAGGAAGCUCCUGAGUGGCUGGGGGAGGGAAGGGUGGGGCUGGAGAUGGGCUUGCACGCCAGCCGGGCCCCCCGGGCUGGCUGAGGUCUUCUUCUAAGGGCAGAGGGGCACUCAGGCUGGUUCCCAGGAUGAGCAUUUAUAAGCUCAGCCUUGAAAUCGAGACACUGCCACCUCUUGCUUCUGGCCCAGGCCCCUCUCCCCGGGUGAGAGUGUGUCCCCUUGCCUCCUGGCAUGACCGGGGCUAUGGGGUCGCUCUCCCCUCACCCGGCCCAUCGCACCUGCACCUGAAGGUUCCACCUCUUUCCCAUCUGUCCCUGAGGCCUUGGCUUCCCAAGAGUGUCCUGGUGGCCACCGGUGAGGAGCGCUGGCCGGGCUGCUCGGACCUCCCUCUUGCGAGUCGCGUGGACUCCGCACAGACACCGUCCCCGACAAGGUCACGCAUAUUGUCAUGCCCAAAGACAAAAGUGUGAAAUGGCAGAAUCACGGGCAGCCCUGACCACCCUGCCAGUCCAGACACGUCACAGAUGUCUCCCAAAGGUGUCUCUCAUGCGUUUCUCACGCACCCUCAAACGCUCAUAACAAUGUAAGUCAGUCAUGAGCCGUUGUCACCCAGUGGCGACGGCGUGGUCUGCUUCCCCCACCGUCUCCCCCUCCCACGUGCGCACACAGUCUGGCCCCGCGUUCCCUGGCUUUCAGGCUCUGUGGGGGGGGGGGGGACCAAGCCGGUACAGUCAGCCCAUAUUGGGUCCCCUGAGUUGCCCUGUCACGCUCAGCCCCUCACCAUAGCGUCCCCACCACCAACCACAUGGCCACUGACCCGCGUGUCAGACAGGACCCCACGUGGAUGCACAGUCCCGCCCCACAGGGCCCUUGCUCACCCUGGAGGAGACAGGUGGGCACCCGUCUUCCCCAUUCAGUGUGGUGUGGGAGAGCGCUGCCUCCAGCAGCGAGCACCCCUCCCCCACACCUGCCUCGCCUCUCUGCAGCCCGAGGGGUUGGUUUGGGGCCAGCCCCCCACUAGCAGGGAGCCUUGCCGAGGAAGGCAGGCUGGUUCCCGGAAUUUGGCCUCGGGCUGGGGAGGGGGCUUGGAUUUCCCAGGACCAAAGGCCCCAGGUGGGGAGGGAGCCUGUGCUCCGGCCCCUGGUCUCCCGCUCCGCCCCCUGCUCUGAGCUAGGGGCCGACUCUGCCUCCCAGGACACAAGUCUCCAAAGUGCCUGUGAGGGUGGGCCCUGCCGCCCGGGCCCUCUGCACCCUCUCCCCUCGGCCUUGCCAGGCCCACCUCAGCCCCACCCUGGGGUCCUCCCUGGGCCUUCCCCGUGGACACCUUGCCCGUUUACUUGGCCAAACACCCUGGUGGUUCUGGCUGUGGCUGGAAGCAGCCCACCCAGACGGCACCACCAGGCCGAGGGCUGAGAGCAGGUGGGGGCAGGGGCGCCACAGGCCCCCAGCCUGCCCCCACCUUCUUUACCCUUGUAAGCGAGGCUACUUCUGUGGCUGUUUUAAAUGUGGGGUCGGAAAUCUCCUUUGGGGAGGGUGCACUCAGCAGGGGCGCUUAGAGCCCUGAGGUGUGGUCUGCUCAGUAGCUGGCUGGUGCUCACGCUCCCACCCCUCACCUCCAACCCAGAUUAAAGCCAGGAACCUAGGUUUUAUUUCUGUUCCCUUUUCAAGAUGCACUGGUAACAGACUUGCUGGGUGAGGGGUGGGGGUGCCUGAGGCAGUGAGGGCCAAGUUCCAGGGCCUUCCUUCCAGCCUGGGGCUCCAUCUCAGACUCCCAAGCCCCUCGCAGCAGGGCCUGGAGGACUGUGAGGAACCCAGCUGGUCCCGGCCUUUGGAGGGGGGACAGGGAUGGGGAGAGGCAUCCUGGGCCCACAAAACCGUUGGGGGUGGGCUGGCCUCAGUCACCUCCGGAGCUGAAGGGCUGGGGUGGAGGGGAUGGAGAACACGGAAGUCCCGGCAGCUCUGGUGAGAAGGCCUGGGCAGGCCAAGGCUGAGAAACCAGAGAGGACCCGGGCGCCACCGGGAAGCCCAGAGGUGCUGGGACCGUGGUGGGCCCGUGGUGGGGGGUGGGGUCCAGCACAGGAGGCACGACUCGGGUUUCGGCUGGCUGGAGUGGCCUGCGUGGGUCCGGCCUGGCUUCCAACUUGGGGCUUUGCCUCCUGGCACCGGCCUCUUCUCUGUGUCCUUAGCCUUUGAUGGAAGAGGCCAAGGCCCUCAUUCACGGAGCCCUGGACCCAAGACAAAUGUCCAGGCUUUAUGCUUAUGAAGUGUAACAGUCCAGCCAGCCCCCAUUGGGCAAGGCAAUCCAAGAGAGAGGUCGGUUCGAAGGAUGAGCUGGAGCUCUCCUAGGUGCAAUGUAGGUGCAGGGCCUGCCCGAAUAGAUCCCCAGGUGCCCCCGUGCUCCUGGGGUUGGGCAGCGGGGUCUGGUGGGCCCUGGCAUUUCCUGGAAGCGUGGCCGAUGCCAAAGGAGAGGGUGUCCGUGUGGGCUGAGAGCCUCUCUAGGACCUAGGCUGCCAGGGAGCACAAAGGCGGGCUGGGAGUCGCAGGUUGGGCCCACGCCCAGUUGUGAUUUCUAGAGCCAGGCCCUGUCUCCCCAGGGGGCCGGAAGGGGUACCUUUCUGAGAGGCUGGGCCUGGCAGAUCUGUGGGCAGUGGCCCGGGGUGCUCAGGCUGGGACCCCCUGGGGUUGGCAAGCCACCUGUCCAAAAAGCCCCGGGCUCGGGGAGCAAGCCCGUCUCAGUCUCUGACAGCCACCGCCCCGGACUGGCUUCCCCAGGCCCCGGCCUGUAAAUAGAAGCUCACAACUGUACAGAUUUGCAGAGAUGCUGAGACCAGACCCUGGCAGUGCUGUCUAAGGGCUGUCGGCCCUGGCACCCCCUGGGUUCCCGCCCGGCAGCUCGGUGCGCCUGGCCCCGGUGUGGCGAAUGCAUGUAAAUACUUUUUGUAGGCAGUGUGGCUCCAGAGAGCCCCCUGAAGACAGUGUCCCCUCCUGUGCGUCCUUUCUCCUGUACAGAGCCCCCCGAGAACCUGCCCUGGCCCCUCUCCCCAUAACCUGUUUAUUAACCACGCCUGUCCUGAGUUCAUGGCCAAAACUUUACGUGGAGGGAAAAGACUGGAAAAUGACCAAGGCACCUGCUGGGGGUGCUCAUCUGUCCCAGAAGGAACUGUUGGGGUUUUUUGUUUGUUUCACUUUGUUUUUUGUUUAUUUGUUUUUUUAACACUUCCCGUGCUGUGCCCAUUUAUAAGAGGAAAUAAAAUUAAGCUGAAAUGA